UUCUGUUCCAAUCAAACACGUUGGGAACAACAACAUAAAUCGCCCAAAAUGGAUCCUCAUAUCAGGAAAGAAGUUAGUUUGGACGCCAAAGGUCCCUUGGGAAAAAGCACUACAACCACUGCCACCAGUCGAGUCAACUCGAGAUCUGGAUCCAAGGAAAACCUUUGCGAAGAGUGCAUUCAAAAUCCAUUGGAUCUGAUAGACGCCUCCAUUCAAGUUGAUCUCAGUGAUUCCGAGGACGAAUACGAAGAAGGACGUGGCCGUAGUGGUGCGGGCGGAGGCGGCGGCGGCGGCGGCGGUGGAGGCGGUGGUGGAGGUGGAGGCGGCCCAUCGAACGAGGACGGCGAGGAGGGUGAGGAUGCGACCAUGGGCAGAAAAGGCGGACGUGGAGGUGUCAACAAAAAAGGGACGCCUCUGUAUAGCCGCGAGGACAUCCGAGAGCAAUACUGCAUUAAUGACAAAGAGCUCCAAGUGCUAGACAAAAGCCAGAGGCGAAGUAUUCUAGGAUGCUUCUCCAAUCAAGGACAGGCGGGCGUGUCCCCUUGUGGGCGAUCCUUGGGCGGGGGCAAGCGAUCCAUCUUGGGAUCUUGCAUUGCCCGCACCACAAGCGAAGAUGACCUUCAUCAUCUGGAUGAAACAAAACGACCCAUUUCCCCCCGCCAAGGGGUGGGGACCACCUGGAACGGUCGGAAUCGAUAUCACGAGGACCCAGCCGAUGAUGCAGCCUCGGGCUUUGACGAGCACUACUUCCGACGACGUCCCAAGUCUUUCUGCAUGCCUUCAACGGGACUCCCACCACCUGGAGUAUUGGCUAGACAUCCAGGAAUGUAUGGAACUCAGGAACAGAUUCACUUGUCAAUGGGAUCACUCGUUGACGAACAUCAAUAUCACAUGGCUCCUCGUGGACCUCUGUACUACGGUCCUCAUCCAUCCAUGAGAGCCUCACCGUACCCGCAGACUUCAUCCGUCCACGGUCCAUCAGGUCCUCACACCUUGCCGCCGAACUCGAUGCUCCCGUCGCAUCAUCACUCGUCGUAUAUGGCUCACCAUGGUGGGGGUGGAGGGGUGGGCGGAGGCUACACUCUGCCCCCGUCAGCCGCCUAUUUCCCAAUGGGAGUGUACUCCUCCGGUCCCAUGAGUGGGGGACCCCAACAGUCGAAACUGUUGGAAGGCGCCUCUCUGGAUUCGGAAGGCAUGACUCAACCCAACACGCCCGACCUUCUCAUGCAUCGUCGCCAGAUGGGCGGUGCCAAUACCCCUGAACUUUCAAUCGACGAGCGAAAGCAGAAACAUGUCAGUUUUGACGCUUCCUCGUUGAUGAGGUCCCAAACUUUGGCCACCAUGGAUGAGACGAGUUUUCAACGAGCCGCAGCCGCAGCUGCAGUGGCUAAUGCUUCGGGCUGUGGGGUUGGUGGAGGAGGGGGACUAGGGGUUCCGCCUGGGGGUGUACUUCUGCCUGCCCAUUCAUCUGAAAGAUUAAUCGAUUCCACUGCCAUGGGCGGAUCCCAAGGUUUUCGCGAUAGCUUAGACUUUGCCUACAUUUCGGAGAUUCUUCCGCCAGAAUUGGCCAGACAAAUCAUGUUAGAACGACUCAAAAGGAACAGCAUGAGGACCCAAGCUACACAGACGGAUGUGAAUAAUCGAGCCAAAAAUGGAGGGACCUCGAUGCCCAAUGUCCCGUCCCAAUAUUCUCAUCAUAUGCAACGGGUUGCCAUGGUAUCUGAAGCUGUUCAAACGAAUGGAGGACUCGCUAAUGGGACAGGCUCACCUGUUUCUAAACAGCCUUCACUGCCAAUCAAGACGAACAAUUCCUCCACUUCCACUUCCCCUCCUCAUUCGACCUUUAGACCAACUUCUCAAGCACCCGGACAACCCCAGCCACCGUCUCAGUCGCAAUCGCAAUCUCAGCAUCUUCGACACGGGUCAGAGAUGGCCCCCAAGCCACCCCUUAGACAAUCGUCUAUCCAGUAUGGGUCCCCUCAUAAACAAAUACCUCCUCAAAUUGCUCAACAGCUACCCGGAUAUAAGCUGCAGGUCUAUCAUUUAGAUGAUAAGAAGGAGAAAUGCUCGGCUGGAACAUCCACCAGUCCUGAGACGGAACAAUCCGCCGUUGGUGUGGUCAAUGUGCCUACGGGGGCCAAUCCACCAAGUGCACCCCAGAACAGACGGACCUCCCAUCUCACAUCCACGGGGUCAUGUAACUCAGAUGGGUCGCACAACCCACGGAAACACCAUCACCACCAUCACCAUCAUCAUCACCGAAAAUUGCAAAAAUCCAGCUCAGAAGGCGGAAGCCUGGAUGGGGGAGUUGGGACAGACCUCCGGAAAAAGCCCAAACACAUGAUCGUGCCCGUCUCCAUGCCUACCACGUCUGAGGAUGACGACUUGCCAAGUGAUAAAGAUAUGCCAGAAUUAGCCCCGGUCUGCUCCAUGUCUCGGGUACCUGAAGAGACCAAGGUUGCAUCUCCAGAAAAGAUAGAAAAGCUGGAAAAGAGGGGACCUCGUGGAACAGAACCUGAAACACAAGCCCAAAUGCAAAAUGUCUUCAAAUCUGAACGCGAUGAAAUGAGAGAGGACAAUGUAGAAAAGGAAGAAGGAAGAAGAGGAUGGGCUGAAAAGCCAUCGGAAUCGAGAAGAGACUCUCGAGAUCUGAGCGAAAAGAGCCCUUCAAAACUAAAGACUUCAGACCCGCAAACGAACCCGAGAUCCGAAGGUGAAAUGAAAACUUCCAGUUCCCCUCAAGAGGAAUUGGAGACUCUAGAAAUGGGCUUAAAUGAGGACGAGGACGAUCUCGGUCAGAGGCUUUCUCCCUUGGGGUCAAAUAGCUCCAUCCCAGAUAUAGUUCGGUCUCAAGGCAAGACUGGUGGUUCUAUGGUAGACCAUGUUGUUGAUGAUACGAAUCGUAGCGCCUCGUCAGUUAGAUAUGAGGAAGGCCAAGUAAUGAGCCUGACGUCUCAGCCGUUGGAUCCUCUUAACCAAGACCAUGACAUCACUAGGGACAAGAUGGUGCCUCUCGAGGACCGCAGCGAGGACAGCAAUACCAAUUCCGGGUCUGUUCAGUCCUUGUCUGCAUCAUCGCCGAUAAAUAAUGAUAAAGUACCCGAAAAAUUGAAAAGCUCAGCAGAUGAGGCGUCUACUACCUCCAGUGUUCACACUCAUUCUCAGGUUUCUGAGCAGCCUGUGGCUGAAAAAGGUCAGGAACCGGUGACAUCUAACCAAGAACCAAUUACCAUAUCAAGCAGCACCCAGAGUAGUGUCGACACCCCUAGUCAAAAGCAUCUACCCGACAGUCUCGCCUCGUCAACCCCCCACAGGUCUAAUGUGAGCUCAUCCCAACGAGUGGGUUCAAUAUCUGCCGAGAAUAGUCACAAAAGUGUCGUCAAUGAAAGGGAGAGACAACAAAUUGUGCAAGAAAUGGGUCAAAUCAAAUCCCCGGCUCAUGAUGCCAUUUCUGUGGGAAGCAGUAGCUCUGGCAGUUAUAGUGUCACCACGGAGAGCAAUAAUGAAGCCUCGACCUCCAAAAGUCCGCACAAAAACAACGAACCCGGUUUGAGUGAAGACAGAAGUGAGGCCCCGUUAGAAGAAAAAUCCAAGCCUCGACGAGAGGAGCUUAAACUUGAUUUGGUUUCUUCAACUCCUCAUUCUCGUGUUGUGCAAGACAUCACGGUCACCGGCCAUGGUAGUCAAGGUGUCUCAUCGCCAUCCCAAUUAACGAUGUCCCCAGUGUCUCUUUCAAUGACAGAGGGAAAAAUGGAAACAACAGAGAACAACAUGAUCUGGCAAAGGGUUCCCAUGGGGACUGGGGACGUGUCGAAAAAGCGUCGCGCCUUCGAGGAGCAGAUUAAGGCCCAGUCCCCGCAGGACCACCCACCCCCUCCGGUGCCUCCCAAGCCUAAGAUCAAUGGCUCUCGACCGGGCUCAGUCAAGACUCCAAUCACGAGAAAAAUUAUGGGUUCAGAAGUGCUCUCAUCACCCGGUGGAUUAGCUCGUAGUCCCGCCAUGCAUGAUGGAUUUAAGGCUCAAGAUUGGGUGGUCAAGCGCACUCCGAUUAAUACCCCCGCCGCUGAAACCGAGAGUGAUGAAAAUAAGAUUAUUGUUGGCAUUAUCAAUCUUUCGGAGGAUGAGGAGGACGAGGCUUAUGAAGACGAGGCUGAGGGCACAAGCUUUCACAUCGACUCCGAAGCUGUGUUCAAGUCAGGGGCCACAACGCCUCCUGGAGGCGGAGAUGACUCCCUGCGGAGCUCACUGGCACAUUCCUCGGUAGAGAUGGAUCAGACUCAGCACGAUUCCGCCAUUGUUAACGGAAAACCAACAUCGGAGGGGUCUAUUGCAGAUGUGGAACAAUCCCAGCUCCCCGAGGUACAACAGGACGUGAAGCCAAAAGUUUCCUUCGAUCAACAAGCCAAAUCUGCCGAAGAAACUUUGGAAAAGGAAACCUUGAAAACACGGGAGGAAGAUGAGCAACCGCGUGUUUCUUCGGAGAAAAAGGACGCUAAAGAUCAAGACUCGCCCCCGAAUGUGGUGGCUUUGGUUAAGCCCCCAGCCGGAUUCGGAGACUCCCCAGAUAAGAAGCCUUUACCGGUCACUUCAGCAGCAUCUCCGCUAAUCGCACAGCUCAUUGGGUCCCAUGACAAUGAUGAAGUUUUAGUGGCGUCCUUGCCGGAGUGUUCAUUGGCGCAAUCGCAACUUCCUUCCAAAGAGUACCCGGCCAUGGUGAAACUUGCGGGGAGCUCUUCUUCAAUUGAAAAGGACUCAGCCGCUUCCGCAAUUCCAGAGAUUACAUCCAAUCAAACCCCAAUAAGUGCAACGAUGGAGAGCAAGUCUCGUAAAGGUUCUACCACGUCUUCCAUGACCGGUUGUGGCACGACGAGUGGAACCAUUACUCCAUUGACGGCGACGUCCACUCUUAAUACGCGGAAAAAGGCCAGAAGCAGGAGUCGGUCGAGUUCCAAAGAGCGCUUGCUAUCAAAAUUGGCCAGGGAUGGGACGUCCCCGCCACUCUCGGGAGUUGACGAAGACGAAUUAAUCGGUCUCUAUAUUGGAGGCUACAAAAAGACAGUUUGGGCCUAUAUUGGAAAAAUGAACCAAGUGGAUUCUGCUUUAGAAAAGGAUCCAUCUUAUCCAUUGAGGCGGUCUGCGUCCAUCGAAUCCACUCAAAGUGAGCGGGAAUUUCGGAAACGACAUCAGGCCAUCACUCACCGGAUGGUCCAUAGAAAAUCAAGUGCCAUUAUGUACAGUAAAAUCUUGGAACGAACAUUUGAAUGCAAUAAAGUUGUGAAAGUGGAGCGAAUCCGAGGAGAGUUUGGAUUCCGGAUCCACGGUUCCAGACCUGUGGUGGUGUCUGCCAUCGAGCCCAACACACCAGCCGAAACGAGUGGCCUUGAAGUGGGUGACAUCAUCCUCACCAUUAAUGGCGUAAAUGUUCUCGAUCUGCCGCACACGGAAGUUGUCAAGACCGCUCAAGCAGGUCGAGACGCAUUGGACCUUGGUGUGGCGCGAGUAGACGAGGAUGGUAAUUCAGCUACAGGAAUUCCCCAUGUGCCCGAGAAUGAGGAAGAAGAACCGUGCUCGUCCUUGGACGUGGCCUUAGUGCGACUGGACGACACAUUUCGAAUUAUUCAUUCCGGGUAUUUGUACAAAUUAAGCCGAUCCUCUGCCACCAUUCACACGGACGCUGUGGAUCCCAACAACCAAACAACUUCUAUUGAACGCAAGUGGAGUCGACGAUGGUUCGUGCUCAGGGCGGAUGCGUGCCUCUACUUCUUCAAAACCGACAAGGAUGUCCGCCCUCUUGGUGCUAUACUGAUAUCAGGCUCCCAAGUGCUUCCUGGAUGUGAGGCGGAUCCUCGACGUCCAUUCUCGUUUACAAUAUCUUCCAAGAAUAACGAGGUGAGCCUUUCGGCGGAUGAUCAGGAUGAUUUCAAUCGUUGGACCAAUGUGGCAGUUCGGUGUGGUCAGAAUCCCGAUCAGGAGGACUUUUGGCUGGAUGUGGCUCGCCAACGCAUGGCAUUGGCCUUAAAUGAUCUGGGUGGACUGAUCAAAGCUGAUUGCCAAGGCUUCCUCCUGAAGUUAGACGAGAAAGCCAAAGUUUGGAAGAAAAGAUACUGCGUGCUCGUGGACGCGUGUCUCUUCUUAUAUGCUGAGGACGACUCCAGCUCGGCCAAGGCUGCUCUUUGUCUCCACGGUUAUCGUGUCCAAUCCAUUGGUGGGAACUUGGGAGGAAACCGUCGACACGCCUUUGAACUUAUACCGCCUGAGCAUCAACACCGAUACUUCUAUUUUGUGGCCGAUACGGAAACCGAGAAGAAGAGGUGGCUGGCAUCAUUCGAAUACUCGAUUGAUCGAUGGCUCAAAUUAUCGGAAGAUGGUAUCUAACCGAAAUCCCCUCAUCAGGGAGCAAUAGGAACGAGGAAACUAGUCUUUACGUAAUUGUAAACAAUAAUCACAAUAACUUUUUGAAAUGGAAUAUUUGCCCCUACCCCUUGAUAUGACGACAUAUUUUCUACUGCCAUUGAGUGCCAAAUAAAUAACUUAAGCCAUAA